CAUUCAAUUCUGUUUUAUACUAACAUUCAGAUGUUGUGUGUGAUGGCUGACAUGCCCCAUUGCCUUGACUCGACAAAUACAUCAUUACCAUUUAUAGUAGUAAUAUUUGAAUGAAUCAGCUUUUUAAGUGUUUAUUCUGGUGAGUUCUGUAGCCUUUCUUCCAAACAAUGGAGGUCUCUCAGUUCACCUCAUAAUGAGAUGCAUGUCUUGCUUGUUCCUUGGAGAAAUGUGCUGGCAGUGUGUCAGUCUGUCUGCAACUGGGCUGUAGGUCAGUUUGGGAGUACGGUAUUAAUACAGGGUGAGCGAAUCACGUGGCGCGGCCAAUGUUUGGUAAUUGGUUUCGUCCCGUUGCGUCUUGUGACGGUGCGCGAUGGUAGGCCAUCUCCCCUGCUCUUAUACGGCCAACUUGCGACUGGGCAAUUCUUUCCUGUUGCUCCUCACUCUGCCAGCUUGAUGCUCAGGCCGCACUUCAAGAUGGUCACCUUUGGACCCGGCGCUGCUUCGCCUGGCUGGCUGAGCCUGACCUGGAGUCGAAAAUGAACUGGGGGAGCUUUUAUGCCGUGAUCAGCGGCGUAAACAGGCACUCUACCGGCAUCGGACGCGUUUGGCUCUCCGUCAUCUUCAUCUUCCGUAUCCUGGUCCUGGUGGUCGCUGCCGAGAGCGUUUGGGGAGAUGAGAAGUCCGGCUUCGUCUGCAACACCCAGCAGCCCGGCUGCAACAGCGUCUGCUACGACCAGUUCUUCCCCAUCUCGCACAUCCGCCUGUGGGCGCUCCAGCUCAUCCUGGUCUCCACCCCCGCCCUGCUGGUGGCCAUGCAUGUGGCCCACCGACGCCACAUCGACAAGAAGAUCCUGAAGAGGACGGGCCGCAGCAGUCCCAAGGAGCUGGAGCACAUCAAGAACCAGAAGUUUCAGAUCACCGGAGCACUGUGGUGGACAUACAUGAUCAGUAUCAUCUUCAGAAUCCUCUUCGAGGUGGCUUUUCUGUACAUUUUCUAUCUGAUCUAUCCUGGCUUUAAGAUGGUGCGUUUGGUAAAGUGUGACUCGUACCCAUGCCCCAACACAGUGGACUGUUUUGUCUCCAGACCGACAGAAAAGACCAUAUUCACCGUGUUCAUGCUGGCGGUGUCCGGGGUGUGUGUGCUGCUCAACCUGGCUGAGGUGGUGUACCUCAUAGGCAGGGCCUGUAAACGGUGCUUCGGAGGCCCCGAGGAAGAGUCCAAAGUAGCUUGGAUAAGUCAAAGAUUGCCGACUUAUAGGCAAAAUGAAAUCAAUCAGCUGAUCGCAGACCAUUCUCUCAAGUCUAAGCUCACUGUGACCAAAAAGAGCCCAACUGAGAAGGGGGAAAGGUGUUCCGCUUUCUGAAACUCUGCCUCUCCUCUUCAACUAAUCAACAGCAAUUGGACCAUGGGUCAUGUUGCUCUGCAUGAGUGUCACAUAUUCUGUACACAUUUACACCAUCUAUUUACAUAUCAUUCAGACAGACGCUUAGUUUUUUCUUUUACUGACACAAGUGCUAGUUGCUGUUGGAACUCGUCUAUACUAUUUGGAGCCUGUCGGUAAGGUAAAGGACCACACCGGUGUUGUUGCAUGUUUUAGACCAUGUUGACUUUGGUGUCAACAAUCGGCCAAAGCUCAUUUUAGUGGUUUUCAUUUGACUACAGUGUGAGAAGCAACUUGCAGAGAUGCAAAGUAUCUUUAGCUGAAGAAGCCAUGCCUGUGUGAGCAUCAUUUUUUGUCAAAGUUGUCAUUAUUGCUUGAUAAUACGGUUCAAACUAUAGAUUUGUUAUAAUCCUACACAGUUGUAUUUACAAGAUACAACUGUGUGAUGUUUGUAAAUCAUGCUCAUCAAGCAAACAUUGAUUUCCAAAAGAUAUUUUUUAAUGUAUUCGGCAUAAUAGGUGGUCUGUUUGGGGAGAGAACUUGAUUCUUGGAUGACAUUUUCUCACCGUCACCAGACUUUUCACAUUCAGUUUCCUCAAUCAUCAUUGCAGUUGCUUUAUCACGCGUCUAUAAUGUAGCUUUGACACAAAAAAGGGAAACGGGCUGCUGUCCGGUAGGCACGAAAAACAUUCAAACUGAAAUACGUAGUAGUAGUAGCGGCAUGAUUUCUGAUGAUUAAGCCAAAAUGUGCAAAAACACCAGUGUGGUCCUUUUUAAAGGUGCAAAGAUUACAGUAGAGAUUAAAAUGCUGGAUAGAAAGCAAACCUUUUAUUUACAUCAAACAUGUUAAUAUGUACCAUAUCUAAUUCCACAAAGCAAGGAACUGGACAGGGCAGUUAUGUGAGUAAAUGCCAUUAAUUUUCAGUAACAAGCAGACAGCUGUACAGUGUUCUGUAAAUCUGUUCAUUAUAUCAUAACUAGUGUUGACUGCAGGGUUUUCACAGACUCGUUUUAUCCAAACAUUUACAACUCCAGAGCGUUGUAAAGUCCAAAAGUUUAAAUGUGUUGAAGAAAGAAAGAGGUAAUCAUUUCCAACAUUCACAGCAUGAAAGAAAUAUGAUUCUUCAGUCCAAAUUUUCUCUGUGGUCAAAAAGCUGUUUACUCUCCGGCUUGCCGCGGCGCACACAAAGAAAAGCUCACCCUGACAACAUCUGCUACACAUUCAUAAAUAAAAUAAUAUGUAAGAUAAUGACAAAGCUCUUCUGCCCUAACAAUGCAGCAUAAACACUUUUAUAACUGGGAUAUAGGAGCUCUGCUGAGUGGAACAGGACUCUGAAUUCAGCAGAAGACCUCAGUAAUGUAUAAAGAAGUCUGUUUUGUCAGGUUAUAAAUAUUACCAGUGAAAGAUAACCAAUAGUGAUAGACGGUGAGUCUGUAACACAGCAGCCAGGAGAAAUAUCCUUCUGCAAAUUCCGUUACAAUAUUAUGAAACUGUCUGAGAAAAUUACGACUAAAACAUGAACUAAAAUUUGACUAAAAUUAAAACCAAGUUCCAAUGACUAAAAAAAAUCCCCAAAGAAUACAAUGUGACUUUAAACCAAAUACAAUUUACCUACAAGUCAGCAGCUGAGGCAAAAACUAAAUUUGCUAUGGAAAUAUUACAAUAUAAAAUACUGUCCAGAUGUGGACAGCUGUCAUUAAAUAUCAUUCUGCAAAGGAUGAAAAACUAAAUUAAUUUGAAAACACAAAUUUUACACAAACAUAUCUUUACUACUGACCUGUUAUGUUAUCUCAACAGUAGUCAGAAUGGUGGACAGAGCAACGGUUUAUUUCAGUAAACCAUGCAGAAUCUCAGUACUGUACUUAUGUCUUUGUAUAUCUUUGUAUUCAAUUGUAAGUACUGCCUACUUCAUUAUAGCUUCUGUUUGAGGUGAUCUUUUUUUGUUUAUGAAAAAUGUUUGCGGUUGACCUACUGUUUAACAGAGACAGUCACACGUUCUUUCCUCAAUAUUACUCUGUAUAAUAUUAUUCAGUAUCUCUCUGUGUGUCCCAUACGCUGGUAUCUGUUUAUACAACUGCUCUAUUAUACAGUUAUACACAUUGUAGUGCAUUCAAAAACCCUGAUGUCAAUAUUUAUGCCUAAAUCUACAUAUAUGAAUUUACACCCAUGGUAAACAACCCAGAUAAUGUAUAACUAGGGUUAAAACUGUGUAUAUUAUGUAAUAUACUGAAAUAAAGUGCUUGAUAAUUUGA